AUGGCAGAUGACUUAAGAAAUUACAAACUUCAAUUACAGCAGGUAGAAGCAGCUUUAUUGACUGAUCCACAAAAUGAGGAACUUUUGAAACUUAAAACUGAUUUGGAAGAAGUAAUUGAGUUGACACAAGAUCUAAUAAAAACUCAAGAGGGUGAAACCAAUGUCAAUGUUCAUAGUUCUAGUAAUGAUGAUGAUGUUACAGCUUCCCUGUUGGCUGCCCAGAGUGCUGCAGUUGGUGGGAGGUCUUUUCCUAUGUGGCAGGUCGGGGAAAGGUGUCUUGCAAAGUGGAAAACGGAUGGAAUCUUCUAUGAGGCAACAAUAGAAGAAGUUAAUGAGAAAAAUCUUAAGGUGAAAUUUGAUGGGUAUUCAACAUUAGAAUCCAUCUCUGUAAAUGAUGUUAAGUCUAUGUCUUCUGGUACUAAGAGACCCUCGAGUGGAGAUGAAGGAAAACACCCCAAGGGCUACAAUAGGGAAUAUUUAAAGAAGAAAAAGCAGAAAAAACAGCAGCGAUUUAAACAAAUUGAGGAGGAACGGGAGAGUGAUAAAAAUAAAUGGCUCAACUUUCACUCAAAGGCAUCGAAAAAGCCUGGAAUUAGGACGAAAAGUAUAUUUGCAUCACCUGAUAAUUUAGAAGGCAGAGUGGGAAUUGGAACAUGUGGAAUAUCUGGUAGACCCAUGACUGAAUAUACACCUGGUGAAAAGUGGAAAAAAGGUGGAUAA